AUGGUUGAAACAUCUCUUGAAGACCCCGACGAAAAUCCUGUUAUGAUAGCUACUCAACAAGAAAUGGCUGAAGCACGUUUGCCUUUGUCACAUCGAGAUUAUUGUGCACAUUUAUUAAUACCCUUAAACUCAUGUCGUUAUAAAAAUAAUUUUUUUCCUUGGAAAUGUGAGGAAGAGAAACAUGCCUAUGAAAAAUGCCAAUAUGAAGAUGAAAAAUCAGAUUUCCUUUUAUUCUUUAAACAAUACCAAGACUUUUAA